GUAUAGACACAGCCGAGUGACACUUGCACAGUGUAUAAGGAGCAAGACGCACAAGGAGGCGACACAGAGAAAUCUUUCAAAAAAGUUUAUUAAGAUGGCCUACAAACAGUCACUUACAGAAGAGGAUUUCUACUGUCCUAUCUGCUGUGAUAUCUUCAAGGAUCCAGUUCUCCUAGCCUGCUCUCACAGCAUCUGCAAGGGAUGCAUACAAACCUUCUGGAACGGGAGAAGACUGCGAGAGUGUCCCAUCUGCAGAACGGUCUCCUCCAACCCUGAGCCACCACUAAACAUUGUGCUGAGAAACAUGUGUGAGCCGAUGAGAGAAGAAACGAAUGAAGAACCUCCAGUGGAGGCUGUGGGCUCCUGUAGAGUUCAUGGAGAAGCUCUUACCUUCUUCUGCACUGAAGAUCAAGAACCAGUCUGUGGAACAUGCACAAGUACCAAGCCGCAUAAGAACCAUCGUAUCCGCUCAACGAAAGAUGCAUCUCAAGACUUUAGGCAGGAGCUCCAGGUGAAGCUACAGGCCUUAAAAGAGAGACUAAGAGUCAUUAAAGCAUCAGAAGAGUCCUUUAAUGAAACGAACGAUUACAUUAAAAUGCAAAGCCAACAGGCUGAGAUUCAAAUUAAAGAAGCGUUUGAAAAGCUUCACCAGUUUCUACAAAAUGAAGAGGCAGCCAGGAUCACAGCACUGAGAGAGGAAGAGGAGGAGAAGAGAGCGAUCAUUAACAAGAAGAUUGAGGAGAUAAGAUCAGGAAUGUCAUCUCUCUCACGCAUUAUUGAGUUCAUUGAAGAACAGCUUAAAAAGACAGACUUGUUAUUUCUUGAGAAUUACAAGGCUACAGUUGAAAGGACGCAGUGUAGACUGCAAAAUCAAGUAAUCCCUUCAGGAGGGCUAAUAGAUGUCGCAAAGCAUGUGGGAAACAUAACAUUUGAAGUGUCAAAGAAUCUACAAGACAUCAUCCGAUAUACUCCAGUAACACUUGAUCCCAACACCGCCCAUAGUUAUCUGGUUGUGUCAGAUAAUCUAUCAAGUAUACUCUACGCUGAUGAGCUCCAACAGCAGCUUCCAGCAAACCCAGAGAGGUUUGUAGGCUACGCGAGUGUUCUUGGUUCUGAAGGCUUCGACUCAGGAUCUCACUACUGGGACAUUGAGGUAGGAAACAGCACAGCUUGGGCUGUGGGGGUGAUCGCCGAGUCUGCGUACAAGAACCGAAAAAAUCAUCCCAAGGCGGGCUUGUGGUAUGUGGGUUACUCUAAUGGUAAAUACGGGAAGGGCUAUUCUCCUGAAAUCCUGACACUUCUACGGGUAAGCCAGAGAAUCCAGAAGAUCAGAGUACAGCUGGAGUGGAACAAAGGAAAACUGAUAUUCACAGACUUGGGUCGUAAUGUCGUCCUGCAUGUCUUUAAAAACAUUCUUACUGAGAGAGUUUUUCCUUACUUUUAUAAUCAUUCACUACAUCCACUGAGAAUCAUGUCGGUGGAGACAUCUGUGGCAGCACACAUUUAG